AUGAAAGGAGGAAAGGGCGAUGACGCCAGGACCAACGGUACUGAUGAUGGCGCCACUGGUACCUGUAAUGACGAUAUUCUCGACCCGGCGGUAAGGGACGCCCUUAUCAAGAGAGCAGAGGCAGAAGCCUUGCAAGUCCAACGAGACCAUGAAAUCACCAUUGCAAAAACACAGGCAGAAGAAGAAGAAGCUGUCAAGAAACAGUCAGUCAAAACGACAGUCCCCGACCUGGCUGGUACCAACAGUAGAAGCAUUAAACCCCAUUCAACAGCUAACCAGCAGAAACAGAAACAUCAUUGGCAAGCUACAAAAGAAGCCAAUCAAGCUGUAGAUGAAAUCGAUGAUAUCAAGAAAGAACACAAAAACUCAGGCAUAAUGAAAGCUCAGUUCAGCAACCCCCAACAAAGCGGCCAGCUAUCAUUCUUCUCAAAGAAAGAGGCAGCUAUCCCUGCUGGGGGUAUUCCUGUCAAAGGAUUGCCAACAGCAGAGGACAACGAUAUCACUGCCCUCAUGCAAAUAGCAGCGGAAAUCAAUGAAAAUGCCAAAAUGGAAAAAUUUACAGUUGCUGCAAAUUACCAAGAACACAAUUAUAACACGCCCAUGGAUGAUCUCAUGCAAAUGGCAACCGAACUCAAUGAAAAUGCCAAAAUGGAAAAAAUCGCAAACGCUUCAAAUUCAAUGGUACAACCUGAAGUUACCCAGCAGAGACCAGGAGCCUAUAUGGGUGUACCAGGAGAAGCCUUACAAAGAGCCAAUAACCUACGACUCUCUCUUGUGGGUGCCAGUACCACUGGUCCGGAUGAACCAUUGGUGCAGAUGGAUGAUGAAGAUUCCUCUACACUGCUUCAAACAAAUGAUGAAAUGCCCACCAGCGGUGAACGCCAACUGGCAGUGGCAAAUCUAGUCCUGGAAGAUGAAGACGAGGAGAAAAAUAUGCCAGCUGCUGCUCCAGUGGAUCUACAACAGCUCCAAGAGAGAGAGCAAACGAAGAAGAGACAGAAGCUGAUGUUUUUUGUUGUGGCAAUUUCCUUGUUCAUUGUGGCAGCAGCCACUGUGGGAGCUGUGGUUAGAACUCAAAACCAAAGAGAACCAGAGGUGGUGGUCUUGCCCUCAACAGCAAGUCCUACUGAAUAUGGGUCCAUGACUCCAUCUGAAGUCCCAUCCUCUGCCCCCACUGGAGCUCUGGAUUUGCUGUUGGAUAGCCUACCAGACAACACUGUAGCAAGAAUGAAUAAUGGCAGUGACACGCCUCAGUGGAAAGCAUGGCGAUGGGUUGCCGAACACCAAAAUAUCACCUUUCUUCCAGAAUGGAGAAAGACACAACUGUUUGCUCUUGCUACCUUCUUCUAUGCCUUUGAGGGAGACAAUUGGAACCCUUUGAUAAAAGGCCAUGGAUGGAUGGAUGACACAGUCGAAGAGUGUGACUGGUUCUCCAGUGGGUUCGGAUACUUUGACUGGUAUGGAAAAUAUCGGGAAUGGUAUGGUGGCACCGCUCCAUGCGAUGAACUUGGACAAUUUACUUCACUGGACCUUGCAGAUCUUGAUCUUCUGGACCAUAUACCUUCCAUACCACCAGAGAUUAGCCUGUUGACUUCCUUGUCCAGGCUUCUACUGAACAACAAUGACUUUGCUCGACUGACCGCAUCCUUUUUCCCAGCAGAGUUUUUCAGAAUGACUGCUUUGACAUCUUUAUGGUUUGCUGGGAAUCAGCUGUUGGGUCCAGUUCCUUCUGAGCUGGCACUGCUGACAGCUUUGGUCAAUGUUGAUCUAUCUGACAAUCGCUUAACUGGACUGGUUCCUUCUGAGCUUGGGCUCUUGACCUUCCUGGAGAGGCUUCACAUUGAUCAAAACGAGUUGACUCAUUUGAUUCCUUUUGAGCUUGGGCUCUUAACCUCAUUGGACAAUCUUGACCUAUCGGGCAAUCGCUUAACGGGUCCAUUUCCUUCUGAGCUUGGGCUCCUGACCUUGAUGCAAGAGCUAAAUUUUGGUGAGAAUCAGUUGACGGGUACAGUUCCUUCUGAGAUUGGAAAGAUGACUGCUUUGAAUUGGUUUGAGUUGGAUCAAAAUCAGUUUACCGGGCCAUUUCCUUCCGAACUUUGCUCCUAA